CUGCUUUUACGCGUGGAUUCUGAAGCUGCCAAACUGUACGCGGACGGCACGUGGGCCCCAGAGCCGCACAGGCGCAGCGAGCCCCUGACUCGGGCGGAUGCACUGCGUUCCCGCCGUCUCAGCAGCGGCUGGAGGGCAGAAUGCGGGGCGCGCCAGCUGCUGGUGACCGCAACAGAAGCAGAUAGGCUCUGCCCUGUAGUCGUUAAGUGCUGCCUGCCUUUCAAAGGCAGAGCCUCCAAACAGUACAGGAGCGAACAAGUUUGCAAAGGAAACGCACUUGCAGUCUGGAAACCAGAGCAGCUGGAUAUCCAACUGCGUGAGGAAAUCCAGAGGGCUCGUCUUCUCCCUUAA